CUGUUCCGCCCCCCAAAAGCUCUGGCUACAUCCUACAAACCCACCAGCCAUGGCGACUACACCAUCCAAACUCCCCUACCUUUCACUCUUUCUCCUCUUCGUCUUCGCUAAAUCUCAACCAACAUCAGCAAUCGCGCCCAGAUUCCCUUCCUCCAUCCUCCGUCCCCACAACAAUUUGCAUUCCCCUGCUUUCAUUUCAGCAUCUCUGGACGCCAAUCACAAUCCGCAGCAGCUCUACAGAGAGGAAUUCUUCACCCAGGUGCUGGAUCACUUCACUUAUACUCCCCAAAGUUACCAAACUUUCCAGCAGAGGUACCUCGUCAACGACACUUACUGGGGCGGCGCCAAGAACAAAGCUCCCAUCUUCGUCUACACAGGCAACGAAGGCGGCAUCGAAUGGUUCGCUCGCAAUACCGGCUUCAUGUUCGACGUUGCCCCUCACUUCAACGCCCUACUCGUCUUCAUCGAGCAUAGAUUCUACGGGAAAUCAAUGCCCUUUGGUGGAGACGCAAAGAAGGCCUACAAGGACGCCACCACGCUGGGAUACUUAAGCUCUACUCAGGCGCUAGCCGAUUUCGCCACGCUCAUUGUUGACCUGAAGAAGAACCUUUCAGCUGUUGAUUCUCCUGUUGUGGUCUUCGGCGGAUCCUACGGCGGAAUGCUGGCAGCGUGGUUCAGGCUCAAGUAUCCGCAUGUGGCCAUAGGAGCAUUGGCGUCUUCUGCACCAAUCCUCGACUUCGAUGAUCUAACCUCCCCAUACAGCUUCGCCUCCAUAGUCACUCAUGACUUCAGGAGUGAGAGCGAGAGCUGCUACAGGGUGAUUAAGGAAUCAUAUGAUUUGAUUACCCACACGGCAACGCAAUCAGGAGGAGUCGAGAAGCUCCGCAGUUCCUUUCACCUAUGCAAGAAGGAGGAUGUGGACUCCCUGUCGGGUUGGCUGGACACUGCAUGGAUAUACACCGCCAUGACUGAUUAUCCAACACCUUCGAAUUUUCUGCAACCAAUGCCAGCUUAUCCGGUGCGAGAGAUGUGCCGGGCGAUGGAUGAUCCGAAGACCGGCAACGAUUCCUUCGCCAAGCUCUUCGCCGCCGCUAGCGUCUAUUAUAACCACAGCGGAACCGCGCCCGCUUGUUUCGGUUUUGGCGACGAUUAUUAUUCUGAGGAGCUCGGAGCCAACGGAUGGAAUUGGCAGGCAUGCACAGAGAUGGUGAUGCCACAAGGAGCAAGCGACGAGGAAAGCAUGUUCCCAGUCUCAGCCUGGAGCUUUGAUAACAGCUCCUGCGACCCAAUCUACAACAUCUUCCCCCGCGCCCACUGGAUCACCACUCACUUCGGCGGCCAUAAAAUAGAGCAAGUGCUGAGGAGGUUCGGCAGCAACAUCAUCUUCUUCAAUGGCUUAAGAGAUCCUUGGAGCGGCGGAGGGGUGCUGCACAACAUCUCCACCACCAUAGUCGCCAUUGUAGCAGAAAAAGGUGCUCACCAUGUGGAUCUAAGGUCCGCGACGAGGGAAGAUCCAGAAUGGCUUCGAGACGUGAGGAGAUCAGAGAUCCGAAUCAUUGGCAGGUGGCUGGCCCGGUACUAUCAUCACUUGGCUCAUCCUCGGCCCAACCACAAUAAGAGGAGGCCCAGAGUCCAUGUCUAUUAGGUUGUGGAUAAGAUGGAGAAAGUAAACAAAUCCAUCGAAUUGGGUUGGUCAUUAGAGUAGUAAUAUUGGCCAAUGUUCAUCACUACGGGUCACUCUGAUAAGCCCAAACGUAGCCCACAUCCAUUUGUCACGGCAAUUUAAGGAGAAUUGAAGCGGACAACAAAAUAUAAUUUUCAUAUAAUUAUUUACUAGCGCUGGGCUGGUCUCGUUGGCCGAGUAACUUUAGCAUGACCAUAUCAUUUAGUGCUUUCCACAUAAUAUGCAUAAUAAUGAAGUCUGAGCAUGAAA